CGGCAGAAUGAGCCAAUGAGCGGGCGAAACGCGCUGGAAGUCCUGCCUCCUAAUUUCAACAGAUUGAAAUGUAAGCCUGUCUACAGCGCCGUCAAGAAACAGAUCGAGCAUUUUGUCCCUCUUGUUCCUUAUCGCGCAAGAAGAUUUUCUUGGACGCGGUUUUGGACAGCGGACACGCUGGACGCGGAGCAGGAUCAACGCAGGAGGCACAAACCGGACACCGUGUUCUUCGUUUGCGGCUUUAACGCGAUGGAGCCAGCCUUCGGUGAGGUGAACCAACUCGGCGGUGUUUUCGUGAACGGCAGGCCGCUGCCGAACGCGAUCCGGCUCAGGAUAGUGGAGCUGGCCCAGCUCGGGAUUCGACCCUGUGACAUCAGCAGGCAGCUACGCGUCUCCCACGGCUGCGUCAGCAAGAUCCUGGCCCGCUACAACGAAACCGGCUCCAUCCUCCCGGGGGCCAUCGGGGGCAGCAAGCCGCGGGUCACCACGCCCACCGUGGUCAAGCACAUACGGACAUACAAGCAGAGGGACCCGGGGAUUUUUGCCUGGGAGAUCCGGGACAGGCUACUCGCCGACGGGGUUUGCGACAAGUUCAACCUCCCCUCCGUCAGCUCCAUCAGCCGGAUCCUCCGCAACAAGAUCGGGAAUCUGUCCCAGCAGAGUCAAUACGAGUCGGGGAAGCAGGCGCCUCACCCGCCGCCCCAAGCAACGAUACCCUACAACCACUUGUACUCGUACCCGACGUCCAAAGUGCAGACUCCCCCCGGCAUGCCCACCAUUCCUGGACACAUGGCCAUGCACAGGAUAUGGCCCUCCUCGCACUCGGUGACAGAUAUUCUGGGGAUACGGUCUAUUACAGAGCAACAAAACGCCGAAUGGCUCGCCCACAGCGAACAGCUAUGCCACAGCGCUCAGCAUCCCUCCCUACCACCCUCCCACCACCCGAGUGUCACCCUGCACGGGGUACAGCGCCACCACGUCGGCCUGUGUGACCGGUCCCACAUGGCGGCCGGUCAGUGGCAGUGCUCCAUCUCCCCACAACUGUGACGUCGACACAUCUCGGGCCUUCAGGAGCGGGACAGCCGGCCGUGACGCCGCCGACCCCGUCGCUGCGCCGGCACCGGCAGAGUCAGACCGACGGGACGGGGGCCAGGUGGGGGAGGGGUGGGGGGUUGAGGGGGGUGGAGAGGGUUGGGUGAGAGACAGCGAAGGACAGGAGACAACAAGUCUGUCCCCUGUGGCUUCGUUCCGUUCCCGCUGCCUCCGCUCCAUGAAGGACUUGCCCCCAGGACCCAUAUUUGUGCACCUCCUCCUGCUUCACAAAGUCAGACCAAAAGGAAUAAACUUUUUUUCCUUGUUUGAAAAAACACAGACAGGUGUACUGAAGGACUGGUGUGUGACUGCUUCUCCAUCCAUCAACACAUUUCCUCUGAGAUACUUGCACACUUCUGCAAAUGUCUUUGGGCGAAAGGGGGUAAUGUAUAACUUCACGAGUAUGCAAUCAGAGAGGGGAAAAACUUUGCAUUAGUGUUUCAGGGUGCUUAAGAAUUGCUAUUGUGUUUUUUUAAAUAUAUAUGUUUGUAUGCUAAUUUUGUGUUAUGUUUUGAUAAAAGCAACCGUUGUACAGAGUGUUGUUUUCCCACUUUUCUAAAAAUGUAGCUGUACGCAAGAGCUCCAGGGAGAAGUUUAUUUAUUAGCUAAAGGUACGUUGAAUGAAGUGCAAUUGGUCUUGCAGACAGCAUGGGAAUCUCCACGUACGUUUAGACAAAAUUGGCAUUGGUCUUAUGUUGGAGUCUAGAGCAUUAACAAUUGACAAAUGUUGCACAAUGAAAUUGAAUGUAUCUUAAUAAAUUGUUUGGCUGUUAUUGGUCUUCAUGGA